AUGGCAUCCAAGAUAGCAGGGCUAUACGACAUGGAGGACACGCUCGGGUCUGGUCAUUUUGCUGUCGUCAAGUCAGCCCGUCACGUCUUUACUGGUCUGAGAGUGGCAGUCAAAGUCAUAGACAAGACAAAACUGGAUGAUGUCUCAAAGACCCACCUCUACCAGGAGGUGCGCUGCAUGAAACUGGUCUCUCACCCGUGCAUCAUUCGUCUGUACGAAGUCAUUGAUACUCAAACUAAACUUUAUCUCAUCGAGGAACUUGGAGACGGUGGAGACUUGUAUGACUUUAUAAUGAAGCAUCCAAACGGAGUGAAUGAAGAUCUGGGGAGAUGUAUCUUUAGACAAACGGUCUCUGCUAUACAAUAUUGUCAUCAGCUGCAUGUUGUGCAUAGAGACCUUAAACCUGAGAAUCUCGUGUUCUGUCAGACAGCUUCGAACAAUGUUUGUAUCAAGCUAACUGAUUUUGGACUCUCAAGAACGUUCAUGCCAGGAGAGAUGAUAGAGUCGUCCUGCGGUUCUUUAGAAUACUCUGCCCCUGAGAUACUCUUGGGGGACUUUUAUGACCCGCCUAAAGGUUCUGUUGUUGAUCCUCUUACCCUGCCCAGUAUUAAUCUUCCUGAUAUUCCUUCAGAGGAAGUUCAUUACAUUCUUGAGAGGAUGGAGGCUGGUGGGUAUGGAUCUACUGAGAGCAUCCUAGAUUUAAAGUUGAAUCCAGCUGGAGGAAGUUAUAAAUCCCACGGUCAUGCUGAGACUGGUGUCCUCCUCCCAAGACGACGGACAACACCAGAAGAACCAGUGACCAGUAAAGCUCGUUCAUCUUCCUCCCCCACCCACUUAACAAAGAGUCCAUACCAGAACCCUAACUAUACCAGCCCCAGACUUGGCGUAGGAGGAGAGCAAGUCUCAAACACUAACACAAGGAAACCUUUAUUCCCUAUUCAAAGUGUUGCCGAGGACUCUACUGGACUAUCAGAGACCGACAGUCAAUCAACACUGGACCUACCACCUCCACCUCCAAGAAUGAGACACUUAUCAGCCUGUGAGGAGGAAGGUGAAUCAGACGAGGUCAUCGUUGAUGGCAUGAGGUCACAGUCCCCGCUACCAAGCCCACGGUCUCGCCGCCUCCUCUCCGCCCGUAGCUCCCCUAACCUAGCAAAGAGUGUUAGUCGGAGUGACUUCAGUGAUGAAGAGGAUGAUGAUGAUAUAAUGGACCUGUCCACUGUCCCACGUUCCCAUCCGACCCACCCCUCCCCUCUUGCCUCCCCUCACUUAUCUUACUCUCGUCUCUCCCCUACUCACAGUCAAGGCUAUAGCUCUGACGAGGAGUCACUCUCGCACACUCUCUUGUAUGAUGGACGUCGUAAACGCUCGAGCAAAAGGAUCCGUUAUAACAAGGCGCUCCAUCCUCUUGUGAGGGUUGAUAGUGCUAGCAGUGACGACGGCUCAUUCAAUGACAAACACUUGCGUCAUAGUCUACCAAAAUUUGGUAAAGAUAAGCUCAGAAAGAUGCUACCAUAUCGGAGCACUCCCUCCACUCCAGCCGAGGGGAGUGGCUCUGAAAGCUUCACUGAUAUGCUGGCAGUUCGUAUGAGAAGCAGCAGUGGGGGUGGUAGGCCGAGAUGCAACUCAGCCAGAACUGAUAGUAGCUUGAGUGAUACUAACGAAUUGAGUUUUCAAAUCCACGAAAGACUUGAACUUAGUGAUGGGGAAGAACUAGAUAAACCUGAUGAGCCU